AUGGCUCUGGGCAAUGAGCUAGUUACAAUAACUAUAGCCAAGGAGAAGCAAAAGUUCACUCUCCAUAAGCAGCUCCUAUGCGAGUCUGUGGAAUAUUUUCGCGCAGCUUUCUCAGCAGGUGGAUUUAGAGAGAGCCAGACUUCUAGUAUGGAUAUGCCAGAGGAUGAUCCCGAAGCUUUCGAGCUGUUUAUUCAUUGGCUGUAUCGCGGAGAAGUAAGGAGGGCAACAGAACUUACGGAUAUCGACCAAUUUCUCCAGCUUUACAUCUUUGCUGAGAAGCUGUGCCUGAACGGAUUGGCGAAUAAGACUAUGGAUGCAAUACAGGCGAUAAGCGAUGACUUUAAUGAAUUCACUCAAUGUAGUCUAGAGCAAAUGGACGGCGUCUGGAGAAACACGUCUUCUACAUCGCCCGUACGCAAAUGGCUCAUUCUUAUACUUGUCUACAAUGUUUGGGGUUGGGAGAAUGAGGGAAUCAGUACAGACGAGAAAAAGACAUUUCCGCUGGAUACUGAAAAGAUAAUCUCUCUGUGA